AUGGACGAGCAAAUGUCGUCGCAGGAGCAGCAGCUCUGUCAGUUCCUGAUGGGGCUGCCUGCCAUGCACAAAUACCGGUACUCGGACACGGCCGCCCGCGACCUCCUGAGCGCCCUCUUCUGGUCCAUGGCCGGCGGCCGCGAGGAGUACCUGCGCCUCUUCUUCCCCGACAAGGGCGGCCCCGCCCGUCCUGACGGCACCCUCAAGCUCCGCGAGGCCCAGGGCGCCGUCCAGGGCGCCGAAUUCACCGAGGCCGCCCGCGGCAAGCCCUGCGGCCACAUCUUCCGCGCCGGCGAGGCCACGUACAGCUGUCGCACCUGUAGCGCAGACGAUACGUGCGUGCUCUGCGCCCGCUGUUUCGACUCGACCGACCACACGAACCACAUGGUCCGCAUCAGCGUCUCGCCUGGCAACAGUGGCUGCUGCGACUGCGGCGAUCCCGAGGCCUGGAAGCUGCCCAUGUUCUGCACCAUCCACACCAUCUUUGACCACGACCGCCUCAAGGGCAAGGGCAAGGAGUCACUCGUUCUGACCGACGACCUCGUCACCAGCGUCCGCAUGACCAUCGGCCGGGUCUUGGAUUACCUGUGCGACGUCAUCUCGUGCUCGCCGGAGCAGCUCCGCUCCGCCAAGACGGCCGAGUCCAUCGAGCUGGACGAGCGCAUGUCCCGGCUCUCGUCCACUUAUGGCGGCGGCGAUGUUGGCCCCCCUCCCGAGUACGCCGUGCUUCUGUGGAACGACGAGAAGCACACUGUGCACGAUGUCAGAGACCAGGUCGCCAGGGCGUGCAAAGUGCCCCUGGCCGAGGGUCUGAAACGUGCCUACGAGACGGACUCUAUUGGCCGGUCCAUCCUCUACUUUUCGGAAAGUAUCCCGGACCUGCUCGACAUCGCCAAGAUCCUCGAGCAGAUCAAGGUCACGGUCACCAUCCGCUCCUCCCGAGACACCUUCCGUGAGCAAAUGUGUGGGACUAUGAUCGAGUGGUUGUGUGACAUCUCGGGAUGCUUCGUCGGCCAGGACUCCCAGGUCCUCCGCCGCGUCGUGUGCGAAGAGAUGCUGAAGCCGUGGCGACGGGGCAGUCCUGCAAACCAUGCCAUCGUCGGCGAGAAUGGCAUGGAUGACGAGGAUCUCAUCGACCAGAAACGCGAGAUGGAGGAAUUUGCGAGCUGGGUGGCUGGUAACCGCGGCGCUGUGGAAGCCCAGCUGCUGCAGGCGGUCCGGCAAGGAGGUCGUGUCGCUGUCAUCAAUGGCCUCGCUCGGGGAUUCCUUGGUCCUCCUCAAGUCGAGCCUGAGGAUGAUGACGACGACGGCGACGACGACGAUGACGACGGUGAGGAUGAGGAUGGCGACGAUGCAGACAUGGCCGGCAACCCCUUGGGUGGUGUCGACGAAGACGAGGACGACGGCAAUGGCGGGGACGUCGACGAUGACGACGACGAUGUCGUUAUGGUCGAUGCUAGAGAUACUGCCGACGUUGCUAUGGAUGAUUGGGCGGGGCAGCAGCAGCAGCAGCAACAGGAGCAGCGGCCGCCCGCCACUGAACAGCCCCCAACAGCCGUUAGGGAGGACGAGACAGCCAUGUCAACCUACCCGGUACCACCGCCCCCACCGCCCCCUCCUUCAGCGGCUACGCGCCGGACCAGAAAUCGUGACGUGACACCGUCGGACUCGGACACAGCCGAGCCCCUAAUCGCGCCUACAGUUUAUGCCAAGAGCAAUAUCGAGGUACCCAAGACGCCGGGCGUAAAGCAGGACGCCAAAAAACAGCCGCCGAGGCCCGGUAAAUACUGGCUCGAGGUGCCUCAGGCGUAUGUGGACCAGGGAACGCUGCCCGUUGCCGAGGAUCUCUUUCAACGGGUGCGGUUGGACUGGAUGGUGCUAUUUGACCUGCGCAUGUGGAAGAAGGUGCGCAACGACAUCAGGUCGCUAUACAUCUCGACGGUCGUCACCAUCCCUGAAUUCAAAAGAGUGCUCGGCUUGAGAUUCGCGGGGCUGUACACGACGCUGGCACAGCUAUAUCUCAUUGGAGAUCGCGAGCCAGACCACUCCAUUAUCAACAUCUCGUUGCAGAUGCUGACAACGCCAUCCAUCACAGCUGAGGUGGUGGAGCGUGGGAACUUUUUGACAACCCUGAUGGCCAUCCUGUAUACCUUUUUGACGAUGCGCCAGGUGGCCCACCCCUGGGAUGUGUCAUCCAACGCCGUCCUUGCCUUCGACACGGGCUCGGUCACUAAUCGGCGCAUGUACCACUUCUUCAUGGAUCUCAAGUAUCUCUUCGGCUCGCCGCAUGUGCAGGAGCGCCUGCGUACCGAGGAGCGUUACCGCUUGCAGUUCCUGGACUUGGUCAAGCUGCACCAGGGCAUCUGCCCCAACACGCGUGCUGUCGGCGAGCACGUCGAGUACGAGACCGACACAUGGAUCAACGCAUCCUUGGUCACCCGUGAGAUCAACCGCCUGUGCAGGCAGUUUGCCGAGUCGUUCCGAAACCUCGGCGAUAGCGACUGGCAGUACCUGUCUAAAGCCCUUCGCCUCGCUGCCAAGACGGUCAUCAUCAACUCCAUCGGGGCCGAGCGGGCGCGGUUCACGCAGGCCGAGAUCAAGGACGAGGUAAAGUUCAAGACACUUGGCGAUUUUGAGCUGGAUGACAGGCCCUCGGGCUACCGUGUGGUCAAGUUUGUGGUCGAGGAGCACCCCAUUAGCUUCCACCACGCCCUCCACUACACGCUCUCGUGGCUGGUCGAGUGCGCCAAAUCGAUGCCCAUCGAGCAGCUACGCGCCCUGCUCAGCUUCACGGCACAGGAGCUCAAAGCGGAGCCGCGAUCCAUGGGUCGUAAGGUCAUGCCGAGGCGCGAGAUGCCGCCCGAGGACUACCUCAUGGCAGCGUUUGACUACCCACUCCGCGUCUGCGCCUGGCUGUCGCAGAUGAAGGCCGGCAUGUGGGUGCGGAACGGCAUCAGCCUCCGCCACCAGGCGGGCACGUACCGCGGCGUCAGCCACCGCGAUGUCUCGCACCACCGCGACAUUUUCCUCCUGCAGACGGCCAUGGUGACGUGUGAUCCAGGCCGCGUGCUCGCCUCGGUCGUAGACCGCUUCAGCAUGGAGAAGUGGGUCAAGGGCAUCUUCGAACAAAAGUCGACGGCCCAGGACGACAUCCAGCACCUCGACGUCGUCGAAGAUAUGCUCCACCUCCUCAUCGUCAUUCUCAGCGACCGCACCUCGCUGCUCCCUACCGAGGUUGAGCCCAAUCCCAAUCUGAUGACUAUACGGCGCGACGUCACCCACGUCCUGUGCUUCAAACCCCUCUCCUUCUCCGAAAUUUGCAACAAACUUCCGGACAAGUACCAGGAACAGGAGGACUUCCACACCGUGCUCGGCGAGAUUGCCAACUUCAGGUUCCCCGAGGGCAACUCCGACGUCGGCACGUUUGAGCUGAAGCCGCAGUACUUUGAGGACGUCGACCCCUAUAUCGCGCACUACAGCAAGAACCAGCGCGAGGAAUCCGAGAACGCCUACCGCAAGGCCAUGGCAGCCAAGACUGGCCGGCCGGCCGACGACAUAGUUUUCGAGCCCAAGCUGCGGCCCAUCCCUUCUGGCGUCUUCGCCGGCCUCGCUGCAUUCACGACUACGGGCAUGUUCGCCCAGGUCAUCUACUACAGUCUUCUGUACCCCCUCGUAGCCACCAAGCUGACACCCAACGUCCCCUUGACGCGGAUCGAGACGUACUCGCACGUCGUCUUGCACCUGAUCCUGAUCGCCAUCUCGGAAGACAAGGCGAGCGGCGACGAGGCCGUGGCUGGUGCCCCUUCCUUUGUCGAAAACUCGCUGAACAAGGUGGCCCGGAGCAACUUCAUGCCAGAUGCGCCGUCGGCCAAGACGAUCGUGACGCUGCUGGAUCUCAUGUCGACAAAGACGGAGCUCAAGGCCUGCCAUGCCAAGAUCAGCCUGAUUCUGAAGCGCAUGCGCCAGAAGCGACCGAGAUCCUUCGAGGCCGCCUACGCGCGCCUGGGCAUCUCGAUUGACCGGAUAAGUACCGCAUCUCCGGCAAGUGGGCUCAAUGCGGAGGAGGAGCGUGAGAGAAAGAAGCAAGCGGCCAAGGACAGACACGCCAGGGUCAUGGCCCAGUUCCAGCAACAGCAGCAAAGCUUCCUGGAAAGCCAGGCAGAUAUCGACUGGGGCGAUGUCGAAGAUGAAGAGGGUGAACCCCAGCCGAUGGAGGAAGAACAAAAGAACUUCUGGAGAUAUCCUACGGGGACCUGCCUGCUAUGUCAAGAGGACACGGACGAGCGCAAACUGUACGGUACCUUCGCCUUCCUCACAGAGAGCCCGAUCCUGCGGCAGACGGACCUGCAGGAUCCGGAUUUUGUGCGAGAGGCGCUCAACACGCCCAAGAAUCUUGACCGGUCAGCCGAGAGCACCCGACCGUUUGGUGUCGCGCGCGAGAACCGUCAGACGGUGCAGAAGGUCAACUCGGCGGGCGAGCUGUUCACGGCGGAGCGCCAGGUGAUUGGCAAGGGCUUCCCAGCCAGAAAUUGCCAGUCUGGUCCCGUGUCGACAGGCUGCGGCCACAUCAUGCACUACGCCUGUUUCGAGAUGUACUUCAAGGCCACCGUCGCCCGCCACACGCACCAGAUCGCCCGGAAGCACCCCGAGAACACGGAUCGGCUCGAGUUCGUGUGCCCGCUGUGCAAAGCGCUCGGUAACGCCUUCCUGCCCAUCAUCUGGAAGGGUCAUGAGGACUCGUACCCUGGCGCUCUGCACCCCACCCGCUCGUUCGCCUCCUUUCUCGUGGACCAGACCUCGUCGAGCCCGUACUACGCACUCUCAGCGAUGCGGCCACACGACCAGGUUCAGCUCUCGUUCAGGAACUACACGCAAACUGUGCUCCUCAGGGAUCUGGCCGAAAAAUCUUCCCAGUUGAUUGUCGAAGCGUGGGAGUUGCCGAUCGGUGGCCUGGCAGGACUAUCAUCCCGGAUACCAGGCGUUGGGGGCCUUGCCCGCUUCUUUGCUCCUGGGCCGACUGCGGCGGCGGCGGCGGCGGCGGCGGCGGCGGCAGCCGAGUCUCCACGCCAGGUAGGCUCUGCGCCCGAGGCUGCCGGCGACAUGCUGAAGGAGCUCAUCGCGGUUUACCGGCGCCUCCUUGAUACUCUUAGGACCAACAAGAUAGCGUCGAAUCAUAUACCGGACAUUUCGGACGACAGCUCGAUCGAGCUGGGCGCUAGCGACGUUCUGGCGCGAGCGGUCGGCUACUCCAUCUCGGCGGUUGAGAUCGCACAGCGGGGCACCGACACCGAAUACGGGCUGACGCUGCUGGACAAGAUACCGGAGCAGGUGUUGACGCACCUGCGGAUCCUGGCCGAGACAGUGGACUCGUACAUCUCGGUGGGCGCGCAGAAGCUCGCGGGCGAGAACCGGGUGGAUGCAGAGUACCGCAAAGACAGCGAGCGGCAGCACUGCCAGCUCUUCAUGGGCCAGUACCUAGGCCACGAGACCAGCAACUCGCGGCGGCCCAUCGACAGCUACCCGCCGCUGCUGGCCAUGGACCCGUUCGUGUUCCUGUGCGAGAGCGUGUUUGGCGUCAUGCGCAUGCAGAAGUUGGAGAUUGCGCACCUGAUGAGGCUGUGCUACCUGGCCGAGAUCACAAAGGUGGUCUACCAUAUGGGCCGCAACAUGCCGACCCAGGCCUGGAUCUCGCCGCUCGUGGAUCCGCAGACGGACGACCCGGCCCUGCGCAACUUUGCGUCCUUCUGCCUCGGUGUCGUCGAGCUGGACAUGACAACCCGCACGCGCGCCGGCGCCCCGAGCACCAUCAUGGACGUGUCCAUCCUGGCGCGCGACAGCCUAGGCGAGAACCGCGGCUUCGACCAGCCCGGCUUCACCUCACUGGCGGACUACUACUCGUUUGUGCGCCGCUACGCCCUGGCGUUCCUGCGCAAGUGUGUCGUGUUGCUCUACGUUCGCUUCGGCGUCGACUUCAACAGCCACGUGUCGCCAAGCCCAGAGCUGGAGGAGCUGGAUAGGCUGACUGAGGCGCUUCGGGUGCCCUCGUUUGACGAAAUGUGCGCGGCCCUCGGCGGCGGCGGCGGUGGCAGCGCUCAGGGCAGCGACGGCAUGGGCGGCGACGGCUCGGGCGAGCGGUGCGGCUGGCCGGUGCAGGCGACGCAGCAGCUGGUGCACGGCUGGAUACGGCACGACGUGCUGCACCCGCGCAAGCCCAGCUUACCGUCAAGCGCGCUCGUGAGCCACCCGGCCAUCUUCGAGCUCGUGGGCCUGCCCAAGAACUUUGACCACCUGAUCGAGCAGUGCUCAAACAGCCGCUGCCCCACGACGGGCAAGGACGUGUCGGACGCGUCCAUCUGCCUGCUCUGCGGCGAGGUCUUUUGCAGCCAGGCCAUCUGCUGCCUUAAGGAGGAGCGGAUCGGCGAGGGCAGGAACGGGAGCGUCAAGCGCAUUGGGGGCUGCCAGCAGCACAUGAGAAAGUGCCAGAAGAACGUCGGCCUGUUCAUCAACAUCCGCAAGUGCUCCGUCUUUUACCUCCACGGCCCCGGGGGCUCCUGGGGCCCCGCGCCCUUCAUCGACAAAUACGGCGAGAUGGACAUGGGCCUGCGCCACGGCCGGCAGCUCUUCCUCAACCAGAAGCGCUACGACUCGAUGCUGCGCAGCCUCUGGCUCGGCCAGGGUAUCCCCAGCUUCAUCGCCCGGAAGCUCGAGGCGGACAUCAACAAUGGCGGCUGGGAGACCAUAUAGCUCUGUAUCUCUUUAAUCCCUUUUUUUUCUUCCUCGCUCUUCCUUCCCCCCUUUUCCUUCCUCUUGUGUGCCAUCAUCGAAGAUGGCAUGUUUUUUGGGCUAUGCUAUAUAGCAUCCCAUCUACAAACGACGGCGGUAUGAUGCUAUACGACACGGGCGGGUAGAAACGGGUUAUCUUCACUUACCCUGAUGGAUGAUAGAACAAACCGAUCCAUCUUUUUUUUCUUCAGUAUCUAUACAGCAUCCGACUUUGCAAGACGAGGUAGAUCACCGAAAUAGGCCAAAGCUUUUUGGAGUCUGGAAACGAGGUUCCUUGGCUUCACUUUCGUUCAAGAUGGGGUAUCAUUGUGGUAGGUGGAUGCUAUCGGUGUAUUAGGGCCCCAAAUACGACUGCACGCUAUGCUACUUGUGAA